AUGUCUUCCAACGACGAGUAUUCGGACGACGAGGUUGCCUACUACGAUGAGGACGAUGAGAUGAUGGACGACGAAGACGAUGGCUCAGCGUCCGACAUGGAGCUUGACCAGCUUCAUGACCCGUCCAGGCCUCCGACCAAGAUAUACGAGGUUGAAUACCAAUCCCUUAGCCAGAGUGAGGUUGAGAAACUCAUCAGCAGCGACAUUGAGUAUAUUAGCAGUGUAUUUGGUGUCGACCCCGAUGAAGCGUCCCUUAUGUUGAGAUGGAUCAACUGGAACCGCGAGAAGCUUACAGAGAAGUUUAUGGACAAUGCCAGCGUGGUUUCCAUCGCGGCGGGCAUCGCGCUGCCUGAGAAGGCACCAGAGCGCGCUGCAUCGCCCUCCGGACGUUCGCAGCCACCCAUAUCUUCAUCCUCUCGUGCAACUAUUGGACCCUUUCGCAACAGUCGGCGCGUGACUCCUGAACAACCUAAAUCCGGCAAGACCAGAAUUCUUGAGCGACUUACUCCUCCAGUAGAAGAUUCCAAGCCAGUCAUAUGUGCUGUCGCGAGGAUGUGGCUGCAGAAAUGCCGCGACGACAGCGAGACAGCCAAUUGGAUCAAGAGUAACACAAAGGAGUGCAGCAAGUGCCAGAGUACGAUCGAGAAGAAUGGGGGUUGCAACCACAUGACUUGCAAGAAGUGCAAGUAUGAAUUCUGUUGGGUCUGCAUGGGUCCAUGGUCUGAACACGGUACCUCUUGGUACAAUUGUAAUCGCUACGACGAGAAGGCCAGUGUUGAUGCCCGCGAUGCCCAAUCUAAGAGCCGAGCCUCGCUUGAACGCUAUCUACACUACUACAAUCGGUGGGCGAAUCAUGAACAAUCGAAGAAGUUGUCUGUCGAGUUGUACGCCAAAACUGAGAAGAAGAUGGAGGAAAUGCAGGUUACGUCGGAGCUCUCGUGGAUUGAAGUGCAAUUCAUGAAGAAGGCUGUAGACGAAGUCAUCAAGUGCCGCACGACACUCAUGUGGACGUAUGGCAUGGCAUACUACCUCGAGAGAGGCAACGAAAAGGAGCUCUUCGAGGACAACCAGCGUGAUUUGGAGCGAGCGGUAGAAGAGCUUUCGGAGCUUAUCGAGUCCCCCUUCGAUCCGGAAGUCAUCAAGGCACUUCGGCAGAAAGUAACAGACAAGACGGUCUACGUCCAGAAGCGCAACGAGAUUGUGCUUGAGGACACUGCGAAGGGAUUCACGGAUGGACGCUGGACAUGGAACAUGCCUGUGGAAGGGUUCGACUAA